CCGGCUGCGAGUUCGACUGGGACACCGAAUCCUGCCAACUCCUCGCGAACCUCUGCGUGCUGCAGCUCUACGACUCCUCGGCGUCGGCGUGUGCGCUUUACGCCCGGGUUGCGCAGGCUAAGGCGCAGGGGGCGGGUGAGGGUGAUGAGUGAGUUAAGAGGCCUCCCACGAAUAUACUACGGGCUCGGCACGACGCUAGAGGACUCGACGACCGUUACGAGCCAGGUGGUCACUCUACCGGCGGGGUCAGAUACGCUCAACCUUCUCCUCGGCGCCUACACACUCAACGGCACAUUCCUAGGCUACGAGCCCGUCGGCGCUCAACUACAGUACUGCCUCCAAACCCCGAUCGACCAAACGACCGCCUGGCUGAAAAUUGGGCAUAACUUUGAGGGUUCAUGUCGGGUGAAUCUGACCAGUCUCCUCCAGGGACGGGCAGGGGUUGUCUUUUAUCAACUAUACAUCCGCGACGCCACCUCAACCCUCCUCCCGAUCCCAAUCCGCCUCACCAACUACCGCGCCACGGGCGCCCGCCAACCCAACCUCGACCCCGACCCGCUCAGCUACGGCUCGUCAACGCUGUUCCGGCGGUUCUUUGUCACGGAUGGGGUCAGUGGGGUUGAGGGGGGCGUAAGGAGGGCGGUUAGGGGCGUGCAGGGGGUGCGGGUUUGGAUAAGAAAAGCGCCCGGGGCGAGGAGCGUGUACAUCCCUGUUGUGGAUCUCACGUACUUUGAGCGGGACGUCAGCACGCUCUCGGGGGCCGACGGGGGUUCCGAUGUCUCGUUUCCGCAGGUGACAUUCGAAAUGCACUACACCGCCCCCCUCGACUCCUUCUGGAAAGCCGUCAAGAUCGUAUUCGCGCUCGUAUGCGUGUACGCCGGUUUUCUGGCGCUGUAUCGCGCGCGGGCGUGGAGCGCGCGGAAUCUGGGGGCGGGGGAGGGGUGGGAUGUUCAGUUUUUCGGCAGAUGCAUAAUAAUCCUCGCAGGCAGCCUCGCGCCCCCCGUCAUCUUUCUCCUGCUCGGGAUCUCCGCCUACUGGUUCUUCGCGUUCAAAAACACCGCCAACGCGCUGGACCACCUCUUACCGUGGUCAAGCGGGGAUUUGAGCACGUUUAGUGCUGUUGGGGUUGUUGCUCUCUGCUGCUACGCAUUGUAUAUCCUAAAAGAACUGCACGCCCAAUGCACCGCGGAUAUCUUCUUCAUUGAUUGGGAGCAGAGCAAAGGACGGAUCUUGAGGAGUGGAGAUGAAGGCAAGGCGCGGUUGGCGCCUGUGAGUGUGUGGCGGAGUAUUUUUUUGAUGAAUGUCUGGGAUGAUAUUCAGACACACAGACUCGUCAACAUCGAACUCAACCUCCUCGCCAUGUUCUUCAUCCUCGACACGCUUCAAGUCCGGUACGCCGCCACCCCGCAGCCCGACCGGCAGGAUCUCACGCCCGGUCCCACUAGUCCAAUAUUGCUGUUUGGCGUCGAGGGGAUGGUUUGGCUUGCUCUCUCCGCUGCACAGGCAUUAUUCCGCCACCUCGUCCACGACCGCUUCUACCGCAACCGCCUCCUCAACUUCAUCGACGUCCUCUCGAUGGCCAACCUCUCCGUGUUCGCCUUCGACGAGCAGUGCCAUGGGUACUACAUCCACGGCAAGAGCGUGCAUCAGUGUGCGGAUACGAGUGUUGCGGAGCUUAAUGGGUUUCUGCGGAAGGAGCAGGCGGACCUGGUACCACGAAGAGGCCUCCAAGGCUCCGACCAGCAAUGUUUCGAAGUCCUCGCACAAAAAGAGUUUCGCGCGGCGUUUAAUAAAGUCUACAGGGCGGUUAUCGCGGAUCUGGAUCGGGGGGAUGGGGCCGCGGCGAGGGCUCAACGCCUGACGAUGGAACCCCGCGCGCGCCGCUUCACGGGCGCCGACGAGGAACGUGUGCGCGCGUAUGAGACCGUCAACCAUUUCCUCAAAUCGUUUUUCGACCAGAAUCUGAAAGAUUACCCUUAUGUCAUCCGCACCCGGACGUACUUUGAGCGGUUUCUGGCCAAGACGCCGGAUGUGUCGCAUACAAGCGUUCUCUUCCACGACACGACAGCAACCCCCUUCACCCCGCUCCUCCUCCGCGGCCUCGAACCGCACCUCCUCCUCCUCUACGCCCUGCUCUUCACGCUCGUCUCGCAGGCCGUGGACUCGACGGGUGUGGCGGUCGUGGUUGUGUAUGGCGUCGAUGUGGCGGUGAGAUGUGGGAGGAGGCAUUUUGGGAGGGGGAAUGUGGGGAGGAAGGGGUUGAUGGAUGGGAAGUUUUUGGUUUAGGCUGUGGGAUGGAGGCGGUGGGAUGGAGGUGUACGUAGGGAGGAAAGGGGCGAGAGUUGGAGGACGCAGGGGGGACAUUAUCUACAUUUAUUUACAUGGACAGUUUUGAGCAGCGGGACUGGGUCUGAAAGCUUGUUCGUAGCGCAUCGUUUUCCUGGAACAUGGGCGACAACUCCGCUGAUCACGUACUUGCGUUCGGGUCAAGGCGAAGUUGCCACUUUCCGGAUGUAUUCAUAACCUCAGGCUUUCAAGUC